AUGCCGCCGAACGGAGAUCUAGACCGUCAGAUCUCCCAGCUGAUGGAGUGUAAACCGUUAUCAGAAGCAGAUGUGAAGACGCUUUGCGAUCAAGCAAGAGCCAUCCUUGUCGAGGAAUGGAACGUUCAGCCCGUGAAAUGUCCUGUCACCGUCUGCGGCGAUAUUCAUGGACAGUUCUAUGACCUUAUCGAGCUUUUUAGAAUCGGUGGGAAUCCACCAGAUACUAACUACCUAUUCAUGGGAGACUAUGUAGACCGUGGCUACUAUUCAGUGGAAACAGUUUCUCUAUUGGUGGCACUGAAAGUGAGAUACAGAGAUAGGAUUACUAUCUUGCGAGGGAAUCACGAGAGUCGGCAGAUUACUCAAGUGUAUGGUUUCUAUGACGAAUGCUUGAGGAAGUAUGGAAACGCAAAUGUGUGGAAGUAUUUCACUGACCUUUUCGAUUAUCUUCCUCUUACUGCCCUCAUAGAGAGUCAGGUUUUCUGUUUGCAUGGAGGGCUUUCACCAUCUCUGGAUACCCUUGAUAAUAUCCGAAGCUUGGAUCGUAUACAGGAGGUUCCACACGAAGGACCAAUGUGUGAUUUACUAUGGUCUGAUCCUGAUGAUCGAUGUGGGUGGGGAAUAUCUCCACGAGGUGCUGGUUAUACAUUUGGACAAGACAUCGCAACUCAAUUCAAUCACAACAAUGGUCUCAGUCUCAUAUCAAGAGCGCAUCAGCUUGUCAUGGAAGGUUUCAACUGGUGUCAGGACAAGAAUGUAGUGACGGUGUUUAGUGCACCAAACUAUUGUUACCGGUGUGGAAACAUGGCAGCUAUUCUAGAGAUAGGAGAGAACAUGGACCAGAACUUCCUCCAGUUUGAUCCAGCACCUCGUCAAGUCGAACCAGAUACUACCCGUAAGACCCCUGAUUAUUUUUUGUGA